UCGACCAAUCAACGCACCGCUCACACUAAAGUCACUUCUUCAACUUCCUAGCGGGAAGCGGCUAACGGGAACUAAGCACAGGCAGCAGGAAUAAAUGCAGAUACAGAAAAGGACGAUGAAAAUACCCCGAGCUGAAUAUAAAGAGAUAGCAAGAUGGACAGAGCAACUGAGACCAACCCGCCAGUGUAUGAAGAUGCUGAAGGACAGAUUUCCAAAAAAAGAACCAAAAGAACCAUCUCCAGACACCAUGCACCAGAUGUUAUUGAAAGCCACUAUCAAAGGUAUCUGAGCCAGGCCAAGGCCCAUCCCUCUGCUCCUGUCUUGCUGGAGCUGGCCAUAGAGGUGGAUCUGUCUCCUGCACUGAUGGCUCGCAUCAUCCUGGACAGGUUCCUCCAGGACCUUGAGGGCGAAAUGCCCUCCAAAACUGUCCUCACCAGCAUGCUGAAGGAGCCAACACUAAUUCCAGACCAGAUUUUGGCCAAAAAUAUCUACCAAUGCACAAUAAAUGACUGCUGUUAUGGACCGCUGGUAGACUGCAUCAAACACGCGAUUGGUCAGGAGCAUGAGGUGCUGCUUCGUGACAAACUGCAGGAGAGGAACCUUUCCUUUCUGGAUGAAAACCAACUGAGAGCUAUGGGCUACGACAAAACACCUGACAUCAUCUUGGAGGUUCCCAUAGCUGUAGAAGGACACAUCGUGCACUGGAUUGAGAGCAAAGCCUCAUUCGGAGACGAUCACAGUCAUCGCACCUAUCUCAACGAGCAGUUCUGGAGCUACUGGAACAGGUUCGGUCCAGGCCUUGUGAUCUACUGGUACGGUUUUAUAGGCGAGCUGGACUGCCAGAGAGACAGAGGUAUCCUGCUCAAAGACCGCUUCCCUACAGACAUUGUCACCCUGUGCCACGCUGCCCAGCCGGACCCACCGCCACAGGAGUCAGAGUAAAGACAAAAAGAGUGAGGAACGGUUACAAAAAAAAAAAAACAUGGCAGGAAAGCGAGAGGAAGGCAAGGAGGUGGGGAGGGUAAGAACAAGGGUGGAUACCGAGAUCCGGAAGCAAUUUGCCUUUCCUGCAGAGUGAGACUCCUGGCAAAAGAUCUGCCCUGAACUCCACCUGACCCUCUGUCUUUGUCUGUUCGUCCUCCCGCUCUCUCUUUUCACUGCCUCAAAGCCGCCGCAUGCAAAUACACACCGGCGCUGCUGUAUAUGUGACAGCACAGGCUCAGAUUCAUACCUGUGUGCAAAGAAAACACCCCCCCCCCCCAGCCUUUCCUGGUCGCGGUCAGCUCUUGGCCCCUGGAUGGCCCCCUCGCUGCGGACAGCCAGGGUGAGAGCCGGGGCCAAAGCAGGACAUAGAGGCCUUCCUUAUCACACCCAAAGCCCUGGCCUUUGUCACUCCUUCCUCCUCCGCUCCGUCGGCAGAUAAGAGAGGUGCGGUCCGCAGGCCGAGUGGACAGCUGACUCUCACCUGCGUCACUCAGUGCCCUCUGAGUCGCUCUGCAGGGGGUGAACAGGAUCAUUUCUGAUUAGAGCUGCUCUCUCUGUGACCUUUUUCUACCUUACAUCAUAAACUGAGGGUGGAUGCAGCUAUAUUUGGUCAUAGAUGUGUUAUCAACACGUUCUCUCUGCUCCUUCUUGUGUGACUUAUCUCAAUGAAAUCGUUUUAAUUCAAAAUAAAGUAUAAAGCUUGA